AUGAAGCUGUCCAACGCCAUCAUCGCUGCGACGGCUCUGAGCCAGUGCGCCACGUGCGCCGCAGUCCCCAACACAGACGACAUCGCACUACAGGCCAGGUCGCACGAGCAAGACAACAGCUACUUCGAACGCGAUACACAUGGAGACAAGUGGAAGAGAAAAGGCGGCGGCGGUGGCGGUGGCCGCGGAGGAGGAGGAGGUAGUUCCGGAGGAAGCAGUGGUUCAGGCUCCUCUGGCUCAGGCUCCGCUCCUAAAGGAUCAUCGGGCUCUAGUGGCUCUUCAGGUAGCGGCUCGAGGCCCUCUUACGGUGCCGGUGGUGCCGCCUACUCCGGUGGCGCGAAAACGCCCUACACUGCUGGCCGAAAUUCACCAAGUGGUAUCCCAGGAGGACUCCUUGCCGGCUCUGCCAUAGGAUUCCUGGGCGCCUACUGGCUGGUUGGUGCCUACCACUACCCAUAUCACCAUCCCUACGGCUUCUACAAUAGGACGACGGACAAGAACGAGACCAAGCCCGUCGAGUGUCUGUGCCGCGCAGACGAAGAUUGCGGCUGCGACGACAACUCGGAGGAUACCGAGUACAUGAACGGCCUUAUCGGAAACGGCACCUACGAGGGUCUUGACAAGUCUCGGGUUACUGUCGCCAACGCCAACGGAACCGACACCAUCUUCAUCAACGGUACACUGCCAAGCGGUACGACUGCUGACAGCACCAACAGUGGUGGCAGUAACGCUGCCGGCGGAAUGAAGACUCUGUUGAAGUCCGCUGGAUGGUGGCCGCUUGCCGCAACCGCCCUCGCCUUGGCUGUCGUCGCAUAA